AUGUGGGACGACUCUCUGUGGGAUGGCUAUUCUCUGACUCAGGAGAAUGAUACUGACACCGACAUCAAGCCAGAUGAAGAUGAUAGCAAGAGUGCAGAAGUAUUUUCAAGACGAGUUCCACCAAAUGCUUCUGAUCCUAAAAGUGCCGACUCCUUGAUUGCAUCUCAAAUGGCAAAGUUGUCAGUUGCUGAUCGAGAAAAGGUGUACAUGGACGUCCAUGCGAUACCAGACGACUGUGUAGUGGAAACUCCAGAACUAAUUCAGAAAAGUUUACGGGUAUUGCAACACGAGAUCGAUAUUCUACCCGACAAGAAAGCGUACAACAUUGCUGAACGACUAAGUCCAAAAUAUACCCAGGAUAGAGAGUUUCGACUUGCGUUUCUUCGAUGCGAGAAGUUCGAAUGUCAAAAAGCAGCGCUUCGGUUUGUUCGUCACUUUCAGGUGAAACUGGACUUGUUUGGUCAAGAUAUGCUUACAAAGGACAUUACUCAGGAUGAUUUAGAUGUCGAUGACAUGGAAUGUCUCUAUCUUUCAAAUGGAAGAUUCUUGAAUGCCCAUGAUAAGGCUGGAAGACGCAUCAAUAUGAUCGUCAUGGUGCAGAAAACGUACAGGACCGUCACAGUUCUCCGAAAGGGCUUUUAUACCCUAAUGACAGCAUACCGUGACUUAGAGAUACAACGGCGUGGCUUUGUAACUAUCAGUAUCCAAUUUGGAGAUGAAAUCAAUGGCACAAGUGCGGAUAAUGCAGAUCUUGUCUGGAAGCUGCCGAAGCUAAAUGAAGCAGUUCCCUUGUGCCUCUCGGCUACCCAUCUAUGUUACACCAAAGAAGCAUGGGAUGGUAUGCAUGCAAUGAUCAAGACUGCAUUUAGCAAAGCAAACCAAGUCAGAUGUAGAGUGCAUUGUGGACCGAUCCUCAAAUGCUUAGAAGAAUUGCGUCGACAUGGAAUCGACCCAUCUUACAUACCUGUGAAUCACAAAGGCGAGAUUACUGACCUUGCUAAAGAUCGCAAGAGAAUAGAACAACAACGGCGGCAAGAGCGUUUGAAAUAUCCUACUCAUAGCACGAUUGCUCUUCCAUUUUGUGAGGAUGUGUUGUUGGGUAAGGGUACCCCAUUUCAGAUCCACCAUGGGAACAAAAAACUGCAGCAGUUUGUAACCGAUCGGUUCAAGAAGUACGAAAGGGCGCAAAAAAAAGGUGAAAAGAAGGCUGUUGCUCAAGAAAUCAUGGAUGUUGUUAGGGGUAAUGGGGGCCUAUUUCUAAAGCAAGAUGGCAACAAGUGGGCCCCAGUCACCGAUGAUGUGGCUCUAAUGAAAGUCGGCGCUCUAUUUCGAUAUUUGCGGUUGAAGAAUGGAACAAAGUAG